AAUAUUAGAAGACUUCUAUAGCACCUGGCCAUCCCAACAAAAAUCUCUAUCUGCACAAAAGAUAGAAGAGAAAUUUCUCAGAAACAUGGUUUGUUUGUGGUUCCUAUCUCUUCUUGCUUACGGAUUUACGAUAUUGGAGGAGGUGAAUUGUUGGACAUACCAUUAUUCAGACACAAACAUGACCUAUGAUGAAGCAGAGCUGUGGUGCAAAGACAAGUAUACUAACAUGGUUGCCAUUCAGAAUAAGGAGGAGAUCAGUUAUCUCAAUAACUUCUUACCCUUCAAUCCGGGUUACUACUGGAUUGGAAUCAGAAAAAUUAACGAGACAUGGACCUGGGUUGGAACUAACAAAGAACUGACAGAAGAGGCAGAAAACUGGGCUUCAGGUGAGCCAAAUGGCCAGGGGAACAACGAAGACUGUGUUGAAAUCUACAUCAAAAGAGGGAAGGAUGAUGGCAAAUGGAAUGAUGCACAGUGUGAGAAAAAGAAGGUCGCCUUGUGCUAUACAGCUUCCUGCAACCUAUCUCUCUGCAGUGGCCAUGGAGAAUGCAUAGAGACUAUUAACAAUCACACCUGCCGCUGUAACCCUGGAUUCUAUGGGCCUGAAUGCGAGUUUGUUGAGACUUGUGACACACUAAAGAAACCUGAUCACGGCAGCCUGAAGUGCAGCCAUCCACUGAAGAACUUCAGCUACAGCUCAUCCUGCACAGUUCAGUGUGAAAAAGGCUAUGAGCUGACUGGAGUGGAAUCGGUCCACUGUACCUCUUCUGGAGUCUGGUCUGCCUCCCCUGCAGAGUGCAAAGCUGUGACCUGUCCUGCCUUGGAAAUGCCUGCUCAUGGUUUUGUGAGCUGCUCCCAUUCCCCUGUGGAGCUCACCUGGGGUACCACCUGCGAGUUCACCUGUGAGGAAGGGUUUGCCCUGACAGGACCAGCCAUGCUGCAGUGUGGGUCUUCUGGGGCCUGGGACAGGCAGCAGCCAGCUUGUGCAGCUGUGAGAUGUGAUGCUGUAACCUGGCCAGAGGAAGGCUUUGUGAGCUGUGAGCAUGCUCCUGCAGAUCUCGCCUACCGCUCGCGUUGUGAUUUCCACUGCAGCGAGGGCUAUGUUCUGCAAGGCCCAUCCAGUGUCCAAUGCCUGGCACAAGGACGGUGGUCAGAGCCAUUCCCGAAAUGCAAAGCUGUGACCUGUCCUGCCUUGGAAAUGCCUGCUCAUGGUUUUGUGAACUGCUCCCAUUCCCCUGUGGAGCUCACCUGGGGUACCACCUGCGAGUUCACCUGUGAGGAAGGGUUUGCCCUGACAGGACCAGCCAUGCUGCAGUGUGGGUCUUCUGGGGCCUGGGACAGGCAGCAGCCAGCUUGUGCAGUUGUACAAUGUGAACCACUGAGCCCUCCUGAGAAAGGCUUUGUGGACUGCUUGCACGGUGCUGGGAACUUCACGUACAGCACAGCCUGCCACUUUAGCUGCAUAGAAGGAUGGCUGCUGAAUGGCUCUCAUGUUCUUGAGUGCAGUCAGUCAGGAAACUGGAGUGCCAGUCUGCCCACAUGUGAAGCUUCUGAACAAGUCAGCUAUCUUUCCAUGGGCAUUGCAGCCACAAGCUCCUCUCUGCUGUCCACAGCAUCAGUCCUCCUUUGGCUUGCAAGACGUUUUCGAAGAAAAGGGAAGAAAUAUACUCCUUCCAGGUAA